AUGACUCUUGCUUCCGUAAACGACUUGACCGCACGCUUAGAAAAAAUAGAACAAAACAUUACACUAACAUUACAGGAAAUAGAUCACAAUUUUUCUACAAGCCAUCAUAUAGUAGCAACGCGAGUAUUACCACAAGUCGAACGAUUUGCACAACUAUCAAAGGACAUAUGGGAUAACACCAAGUUCUGGCUGAGCUUUUUCGAGUCCUUGGAUUCUUACUCGGCGUCGAACGAUUUAUCACCAGCAACAAACAAUUUCUCACUGGCAACGAACAGCUUAUCGCGAGCAAUGAACAGUUUAUCGCCAGCCAUGAACAGUUUAUUGCCAGCCAUGAACAGUUUAUCGCCAGCCAUGAACGGUUUAUCGCCAGCAAUGAACAAUUUAUCGCCAGCAAUAAACAAUUUGCCGAAUUUCCCGACAAUGAGCCAACUAUCGACAACAACAAAACAAUUGUCGUCGACAAAUAGUGAUUUGGGUUUCUCUCCGCCAGUGACUAUGAAGUUCUCUUUGCCACCCUCAAAGCUACUGAGGACUCCCGCACCAGAGGCUGCAAGGAUUAUCAUGGAUGAUGUCAUGCAAAUGAUAAGUCCUGUAUCCACUCCGUGUCCGAUGAGUGAUGCCAGGCAAACCGCAAGUUCUAUGUCUACUCCAUGUCCGAUGAGUGAGUUUGUCCGAAAUAACGAGCAGAAAUUAAAGGAACGAUCUCGUAUAGAAUAUUGGAAUCCAAGAAGUCAUUUGAGCCCAUUACAGCUUGCAGUCUUGGAAUACGUUUUCUGCUAUAGGGAUACUGUUGGUGGAAGGAGAACGGGACUAGGUCAGAGAUUCGGCUAA